CAUUUGAAGAUUGUGGUUGGAAUCAAUGAAGAAUUGACUUUCUAAUAAUAUCUCAACUUCUCUAAAAUGGUGAGAGAGAGAAAGUGAUUAGACUUUUGCUUUAAAGAAACAAUUGAGAGCGAAUAAGUUUAAUGAUUAUGAAUUUCAAGUGAUACAGAAGUAGUUUUUACCAAAGAUGUUAGAACUCCAUGAAAUUGAAAUUAUGAGAUUCAAAAUGGGUUUCUUUAUAGGUUUUAAAACUUGUGGAGUAUUCAAAUAAAUUCCAUAAAAUCUUAUGGACCUCAGUUCCAAAGAGGAUGGUAAAGUAUCCAGCAAUAAGAAGAAUAUUGAAUUAGAUUUGAAUUUUUUCUUAGCAGAAUGUCAUUGAGCAAAUAUAUGCACAUAUCAUCAAACUAAGUUCUGUAUUAAGCUACUUGAUGUACAGUGCUUAUGUAAGUUUUUUACUUUCAUUGAACUCGCUUCAUGCAAGUUGGGUGCCCAAAGUAUAGUUAAGACAUAAGCUGGGAAAUUAAGAUCUGAAGUUCCAUGUGGCGAACUAUUAUUUUAUGGAGUGAUAACAUUUAGAUUCUCAAUUUCCCAUGGAAACUGAAAAUGAGCACAGGUGUAAAGAAAUCUCCUUCAAAUGGAUUUGAAAAGGCUUUGACAAUUGAAGAGCAGCAGGCAAAGAUUAAUGAGGUGAGAAAGUUGGUGGGGUCUUUGCCGGAGAAGUUGUCCAUUUACUGCUCUGAUGCAUCUAUCACGAGACAUUUAAAGGCACGAAACUGGAAUGUUAAGAAGGCAAUGAAAAUGCUGAAAGAAACCUUAAAAUGGAGAGCAGAAUACAAACCAGAAGAGAUUCGCUGGCAAGAAGUUGCUUCUGAAGCAGAGACAGGGAAGAUCUACAGAUCAAAUUAUGUUGAUAAGCAUGGUAGAACAGUUCUUGUCAUGAGACCGAGUUGCCAGAACUCAAAGUCAAUAAAAGGACAAAUUAAGUACUUGGUGUAUUGCAUGGAAAAUGCCAUCCUAAAUUUACCACCAAACCAGGAGCAGAUGGUGUGGCUGAUCGAUUUCCAUGGUUUCAAUCUAUCACAUAUUUCACUUAAGGUGACAAAAGAAACAGCCCAUGUUUUACAAGACCAUUAUCCAGAAAGACUGGGUCUAGCGAUACUUUACAACCCACCCAAGUUCUUUGAGCCAUUUUGGAUGGUGGCAAAGGCGUUUCUAGAGCCCAAGACGUUUAAUAAAGUCAAGUUUGUAUACUCUGAUGUGGCAAACACCAUGAAAAUAAUGGAGGAUCUAUUUGAUAUGGACCAUCUUGAGUCUGCAUUUGGUGGCAAAGAUGGUGCAGGCUUUGAUAUCAAUACAUAUGCGGAAAGGAUGAGGGAGGAUGACAAAAAAAUGCCUUCAUUUUGGACAAGAGGAAGUCCUGCAUCAGUAAUACCUGAACCAGCCCUAACAUCAGCUGCUUCCUUGGAUCUCAAUGUGGAUUCACAUUCUGAUACUUCUGAAACUGAUGAAACAGACAGUUCUUACCUUAAGGGGAUAGAUUUAGAAAUUGUCUCACCGGAGGAAAAUAUGCCAGUAGCUGAUAGUGGCACAAGAACAUCGGAAAAUAUGCUGCCAGAUAAACUCGUAACCCAUGAUAAUAAAGCAAAUGUCUGACUUGUUUCGGCAUGAUAACCUAAUAGCAUCUACUUUUAGCACAGAUAACUUAUAUUUCUAGUGAGAGACUCGAAUCUCAAGAGUUUCUGUCCAGUUGUAUCAAUAACAUUAUGGAAAGCCAACAGAUGAUUUUUCCUUGUUGAGUUCAUGAAAUGGCUAUGAGAACAGACAUUAUAUGAAAUGCUCAUGUUCAUUCUCUCCA